AUGGCUGACGACCAAGAAGAAAGGAGGGAAAUCGAGGCGUACCUGCAACAGCAUCACUUGCAAACCUUCAUCGGAGACGCGGUCAACGAGGUUGUGAAAGAACGGCCAAAAGACCCACUCUCUAAGCUCGGCGAUGCGCUGCGAGCGUGCUCUGAUGCUUCGAGACAGAUUCAAAAAGUACAUGGGCGGCAGAUUCUUAACGGCGAGGCGCUUCCCGCCUUAGAAGUGGAGAUUCGUACGGGUCAGGGCCCUGUGUUUGCUGCGGUAAGUUCUGGUCCCUACGAUGACAACGAAGAAGUCUUCGAAGGAAGGGGGCUGCUUCAGGCUGUGGAACACACUGAUCAGAUCCUUGCCGAGAUUCUCCUGGGCAAAGACCCUACACAGCAGACCAAGAUAGACAAGUCGCUCACUCAAGAGUCCACCUUGCCCGCGAACGUCGUCUCGGCAGCAUCAAUAGCAUGUUGCAAGGCCGGUGCGAAGCAGAAUCUCGUGGCUGUAUUCGAUCACAUCGGUACCAUGUGCGACAACUCUGAUGGGAGGAUUCCUGUAACGGCUUUCAGUACCAUAAACGGAGGUCAAUCGGCGGCGUCAUCGUUGUGGGUUCAGGAUAUUUUCAUUGUGCCCACUGGUGAUUUGGUAUCUCUUUCCGACCGGCUAGCUGCCGCGAGUGCGGUGCAUCGAACUUUGGAGGAUACCGCCCGAAAUGCAGGCCAAGAAGUCCUGCAGCGGGGUCCCCGAGGGGGGUUCUGCAACGGUGCUGGCACUUUUGAGCACCUGAUGGAUUGCUUGAUGACAUCACUUGACACAGUCGGGCACCUGGGGAGGGUGGAGUUCGUGGUAGACGUGCAUGCGUCAAGGCUUGUUCCAUCGUCAGAAGAGAGCGAGGUGACCGAGAAAGACGAAGAACGUACAACAGAGUACGACUUGACGACGUUCUCGUCUGAUACUACGGCACUCGAACUAACCUCCGCACAAACCCUCCUCGAUACCUAUUUAGAGUGGCUAGAAAAGUAUCCCAUCACCGCGUUCGUCGAACCCUUUGCUGAUACAGACGUUGCGAUGUCAAAGGAACUCUUAAUUCGGGGAAACCAAGUUUUGCAGGCUAAGGCCGGUGCCAGUAGAGACCCAGGUGACUCUACCGCAGCGGCAUCGACGGGCGAAACACAAGCCGAAAAUCCGGGUCCCACCGAAAACGUCGAGAUUGGGGGCGACGACAGUUGCCUGCUUAGAGUUAUCGCGGACGAAAGCGUUUCCAAGCCCUCCCAGCUGCUGUUUGUGAAUGAACAACGGGGCGCCAACGCAGUCGUGAUCAACACGUCCAAAUUCUCUACCCUAUCAGAGAUUAUUACGCUCACGACAAGGGCGAGAGACCUGGGCUGGGCCAUCAUGGUCGCCGCCGUAGACGAACAUGAGCUGGAAGGCGACUUUUUUGCUGAACUUGGGGUUGGAAUGAGAGCUGAACAGAUUUUGCUUGGAGGGUUACGGUCAGCCAGCACCAUUGCGGCGUGCACACGGUUGAUGAGAGUAGAGGACGAAGGCGUUCCACACGUAGGCGUUGGGAAUGAGUAG